AUGGAUGACUGGAGUUUCCCCUGCGCUCUGAAGAUUAAUGGAAGUGGGCUGUUGAUCUGAGGAACCGACUAUCAGAUGGUCGGCCGCAGGAAACCAUAGCACUUGACGGCUUGUUUGGAAACGAAUGGAGAUAUAUCCGUUUAAAUAAUCAACGGAGGGAGAAAACGGUGACUUGGGCGGCAGUUUUGCUACCGAAAGGGCCUGCAUGCUGGGAAAUAGCACCUGGUUAGUUCAGGCCAGGAUACGACUGCAAGAAGCUAGCGCUAGCUUGCUCGUCAGACGGACGGAAAACAGCUUUCGACGACCCGUGUCCAGGCUUUUUGUAUAAACCCAACCGUUGGGUAAAGGGCAGUCGAGUGACACGUCCAUUUGGCGGCGCUCGCUUGGAAAUUGACGAGCUAGCGCCACUAAGCUGACAUCCGCUGUCUUUAUCUGCUCGAGGUAGCUACCGUCCUAGCCUGGCAGAGCUAAAGCGCUAGUGCUAGGGUGCAGACUUGGACACUCUCUGUCUUGGAGUUUUCCGGGCUUGCAGAGGAAAGGUAUUGGCGGAGAAGCAUUCGCGUUCAUUAGUCAAUUAUGAUAGCCGUGAGCUAGUAACUACCAGCUUCAUUGGGUGCAGCGAGUGCGAUUGCGGUGGAGCAAGACCCAGCGGCUUGGAAAGAGGAACUCAUCCCGAGUCCAGGGAGCCCACCGUCAGCCUGCCACCAUGGGCAACACGCCCACCGCAAAGAAGGGCAAUGAGAUGGAGAGUGUGAAAGAGUUUCUUGCCAAAGCCAAAGAAGAUUUCCUGAAAAAAUGGGAGAAUCCAGCACAGCAAACUGCAGCAUUGGACCACUUUGAGCGGUUGAAGACCUUAGGCACCGGUUCAUUUGGUCGAGUCAUGUUGGUUAAACACAAAGAGACAGGCCAGCAUUUUGCCAUGAAAAUACUCGACAAACAGAAGGUUGUGAAGCUGAAGCAGAUAGAACACACACUGAACGAGAAACGUAUCUUGCAAGCCGUCAGCUUUCCCUUUCUGGUGCGACUGGAGCACUCUUUUAAGGAUAACAGUAAUCUGUAUAUGAUAAUGGAGUAUGUGCCUGGGGGUGAAAUGUUCUCGCACUUAAGGAGGAUCGGUAGAUUCAGUGAACCACACGCCCGCUUCUACGCAGCCCAGAUUGUACUGACCUUUGAAUACCUUCACUCACUGGAUCUCAUUUACCGGGAUCUGAAACCAGAGAACCUGCUCAUUGACCAGCAAGGUUACAUUCAGGUAACAGAUUUUGGAUUUGCGAAAAGGGUGAAAGGCCGAACCUGGACGCUGUGUGGGACUCCAGAGUACCUGGCGCCAGAGAUCAUCCUCAGUAAAGGUUACAAUAAAGCAGUGGACUGGUGGGCUCUGGGGGUACUGAUAUACGAGAUGGCUGCUGGUUACCCCCCCUUCUUUGCAGACCAGCCUAUUCAGAUUUACGAAAAGAUUGUAUCAGGAAAGGUUCGCUUCCCAUCCCACUUCAGCUCAGACCUGAAGGAUCUGUUGAGAAAUUUGCUCCAGGUGGACCUGACCAAGCGCUUUGGAAACCUCAGGAACGGAGUCAAUGAUAUCAAGGGCCACAAGUGGUUUGCCACCACUGAUUGGAUCGCCAUCUACCAGAGGAAGGUGGAAGCUCCCUUUAUUCCUAAGUGCAAAGGCCCCGGUGACACGAGCAACUUCGAUGACUACGAGGAAGAGGAAAUCAGAGUCUCCUUCACUGAGAAGUGCGCAAAGGAGUUUGCAGAGUUCUAGAUUUCAACCAAGAGUAUCGGAGAGAAAGAGAGAGACAGGGAUUUUGAAAGUAAAAGGGGGUUUGAAGACAGGAAGCGCUAGGGUGGACUGAUAACUUGCUUAUUUGAGAUGAGGAUAACAAAUCUAAAAUCCCCCCAACGGAAAGGUAGGCAAAGCGAAGAAAGAUCCAACAGAACCAGCAGUGUUGCCUUUUUCUGAUUGUUUCUCAACUGUUACCUAUUUUCAUUUUAUUUAUCCCCUUUGUGUUUGUGGCUGGGGCUCGACAACAACAGCCAUAGAUUGUGGCUGUUCAGCUUGACUUGUGUCUUUCUGAUGGUGUAAUGACACAUUUUCAGUUGUUGCAGGUUGAGGCAUUGAUUUUUUUCUUGUUUGUCUGUUAAGGUACUGAAUCUGCUAGGCCCUUUUUUUUUUUUUUUUUUUUUUUUUUUUUUAUUAUUUUGUAAACGGGCCAUCUCUACAAGCUUCUAUAAGAGUGAUCUUUGUAUCCUGUCCCCCGGUCCCCACCCCCUUGCCCCCUUCCACCUCUCCAUCCUGAAUCUGUCCAAGCAAUACCAAGUCCAACAGAUGUGCCUAUCAUAAUGCCAACUGGUUGGAAAACUGUGUCGAAAGCAUUGAUGCAGAGAUUUGGCUACGGCGGCAUCGGCUCUUGUGCCCGUUUGGUUGAAAGCUUGAAAACUCUCUGCACCUGCCUUGGUCUGCUCAAUGUGGCAUGAUUAUUGGGUGGAUGAUGCACUCCGCUGCUUGCAGAUGAAGCAGCGGUGACCUCUUUGAUCAGAGUGAACAUGAUUUAUGGCAGUAAACUUCAUCUAGGUCUUAACUCCCGAGGGGGACCUGUGAGAAGUAAACAUGAGGUCUGCAUUUAAGUCAGUUUUUCUCUUAGCUGAAUUUAUUAGAGCAUUUUGAAAAUCCUAUUGGUGAUCAUUUUGUCCUUUUUAUGUCGAUCUCUGUGCUUGUGUGUUAUUUAGUGCUCAAGGGUGGGUUAAAAAGCUGUGAUUUAGCAGCAGCUAACAUUGUGGUCACACUCCUGACUAUUGUUUAUUUAAUUCAUAGUACAUUUAUACAUGUAUAUUGAUAUAUAUAUAUGAUAGAGAACAUGAACUACUCAUCUUUUUCAACAUUGUCUCAUAGCUGUGAAACUGACUUAAGAUUUCAUAAAUAAACAAAUAUAUAAAUUCUGCCAAAUUUACAAACCGAGAACAUUGCAGUUUCUGUAUUUAACUAUGACGGUGGUGGAUUUUAAUACACAAAAACGGUAGCAACACGUUUCGACGACAUGUGCAUGUUAUUUUUGUACAGUAUGACUUUGGAAGAUGGCGGAAGCGACGUGCUUUAUUUGCGCCGAGGUACCGGAGGUCGCGGACAAAACGUUUGAUAUUAACAUGGACAUAACUGAAAAUGGAGCGAGGCUCAGUUAAAUGUGUCGCGGUUCCUCCGGGCUUCAUUAUUUGAUUUUAGGGCACCGGUUUGCAGAUAAUGGUCACUGAACUCCUGUUUUUUUUUUUUUUUCUUGUUUUGUUUUUUUCCCCCCUCCUCUUUUCAAUUCUAUGUUCCUUUACACGUGACACUUUCACUUUGAUUCACCCCAACUCAAACUUUGGGUUUUCAGUUUUCCAGCUUUCUAUGUAACAAAUUAAAAUAAUGAAACUGUCCUGAAGCUGUCCCCUUUUUUUGCAGAGUUUAUUUCUGUGAAUGCAAGACAAUCGCAGACCAAAUCUUCUCACCUACUGGUUUGUUGACUGAACACGUGGUCUUUGGUUUGAAGAGGGAUAUACACUUAAGUCCCCCUCCCCACCCCCCUCCAUACGCCCUAUAGGUGCUAGAACUUUGUCCAUCUCACUGAAAAGCUUCUGUGACUUGUUUGAUGUGCAUCAAAUCUAUUUGUCAUAAAGUCUUGUAACAUGACAAUUUUAGAAUGUUUUUUGACUCUUAAUGAUUUCAGUAGGCUUGGGUAAUACUUUUUUUUUUUUUUUUUUGCAGUGUCUUAAUGUAAUUGAAAAGGAUUUGAAUGUCGGAUGGAGAUGUUUCAAAGCUGUUGGGGAACAUGUGUAUUAUUUUUUUAUAUAUAUAUAUAUAUAUACUACCUGUUUCUUUGGGGAACUUGGUUUUUCUUGCAUGAGGUAAAUGGGCCGGCAGUUUAGACGUACCCUGGACCUGAGACAUGUUUGAGAAACCAUCGUUUCUGCAGCUGACAGACUCAUUGCUGUUUAACCUUUUUGUUGAGAGCAUUUAUUCGUGCGUCACACUAAACAGUGCAGUGGAUCACCAACAGAUCUGUCCUUUUUUUUUUCUUUUUUUUUUUUAAAUAGUGAAGCACAUGGCACACCUUUUCAAAUUUCCUAUUUUUCAUUUGUUCUAACAGUUUUUUUUUUUUGUUUUUGUUUUUUUCGGACACAAUGUAAUGCUUUGAAGACAGCACACGUAAUAUGUACUGACUGAUGACAACAUCAGAGUUGGUGGGUAGAAGGCAACACCGUCUCAUCUGCGUGAGACUCCGAGGCUAUCGCGGUGCUUUUAGCUUCCCAUUAAAACAAACAAAACGAAUAAAUGGAUUUUCAGUUGUCUUUAAUUCCUUUCUCCCAGCUGAACGCCAUCUCCUGCUCUGUGCUACGGCUCUCCUCCUGUUUGCCUUCUAUUUUCAUCAAACGUCCACACGCGCUUUAUUCAGACGUCACACUUUUUACAUCGGAGAUGUUUCACGUUCAUAUUUUCUAAUUGUAUUUUCAAAAAAAAGCAGCCAAAAAAUAAUAAUAAAAAACAAAAACAAACAAACAAACAAAAAAAAAAAAACAGAACGUUAAUCUUUUUCCUCAUGACCUGGGUACAGUGAUUGUGUAGUCUAUUGUACCUUUUGGGAAACAAUACUGUAUAUCCUCGCCUUUGACAGUCUUAACUAUCUUACCCUCUGGAGAACUUGACAGAUACCCUUAGAACACAAUGAGUAUGUUAAAAUAUAUAUAUACAUAAAGUAAUAUUUUGCAAAAUGUAUCAUUCCAAUAAAGUUUUACUUGUUAAGACUCA